AUGCGUGACGACAACCACCGCCGCCGCGCGUCGAAGCGCAAUGGAGGCGCGGAUGCUGACUAUGCAUCACCAGGUGAGCUCCGCGGCAUCGCGUCGCACCCCGCCCGCUACGACGUGCGCAUCGGUUCCCGGCGCGCCCGUGCCGGCGUCGCCAUCUCGAAUGUCGUCGGAGUCCGCGCGGCGCGCCAGCGUCACCCGCGCGACCUCCCCUGCCCGUGGCCGCGUCAACGAUGGGCGCGACCGCCGUCGUUUUUUCUCCUCUUGCUCACGAUUCGUCGCACAUCGUCUCUCAACGCAGACCCCGUCGGCGCGCCACCGUCUCAACGACGACGCUCCGCGCCGUCAGAACUAUUGUGGGGCAACAGGGGACGCAAACACGUGAAACAGGAGAGGGUUCUUUGCAGGUUGCGUGACCACGUGGUGAUGCGCGGGACGGUGCUCGGGUACGAUCACGGGUCAGAAUCGUACGGCAUCCGCGGGGACCUCGACGGGGUGUUCCGGGACGUUCACGCCAUGGAUGUCGCGCCGAUCCACCCCCCUGAUCAAGGCAUUCAGUCGGAUACGCCGGACUUCGGAAUGUUCACGGCGCCGGCGCCUCUGAACCCCGGUGGACACCGCGGGCGCGAUGCCGCCGCCGCGAUCCUCGGUGCGAUGGCUUCGCCGCAUCCCCGCGGCGCUCAGGGGGACGGCCAGUCGCCUGCCCAGUUGGUGCGUGAAACGCCUCCAGCGAUGGCUUCGCGACCGAAGAGCCCGGCACGGCGCACGAGCGACACCGAAGUGGUUGAAGUCUCAGACGACUCCGGCGACGAUGGCGAUGGCGAGAAUGGCGAUCUUCGCCGCGGCGACGUUUUCGACGAGGACGGCGACGACUUCGACGAGGGCAUCAUCGGCACCGAAUCGGAGGGCGAGAGCGACGAGGAACCGAACGGUGACGCCCCCGUUGUCGACCCCACCGGGGACUCUGAUGACAGUCUCAGCGACAGCGACGGUGACGUUCAGGUUGCCGGAGGGGGUCCCAACGACGACAUGGACGCCUUCAGCUCAGGCUUGGAAGUAGAGAUUGUCGACGAGGUACACGUCGUUCCUGACGAGCACGAGAACCCGCCGCCUGGGCAACAUGGCGGCGGGGGGCGCGGCGGGGGGCGCGGCGGCGCCGCCCAAGGCGACGCUCAGCAGCGGCAAGGCCCACCACCGCCCCGCCCACCCCCUGGCUUUGCUGACACGCUUCAAGUCGCGGAAGAAGGCUGGCUCCAAACCGAAGCACGCAGCCAGGAUAUAAACGGCGACGAGGGCGUCAAGCCGGGCGAUUGGAUCUGCCCCGCCCCUUGUCACCAUCGUAACUGGAAUCGCUUCAUGAUGUGCAAACGGUGUUGGAACCUCGGCGAACGACCAGAGGGUGUCUUCGAUCCGAGGGGAGACACGAGGCUCAAUGCACGCGUCAUCGAUGUAUGGUAUCGUCAACUAACCAGGAGUCGAUGUUUAUUUAUAUAUACAAAUCGAGACCCGUAG